AGGGGGAGUAACACCAGAUAACAACAAAGAAUGAUCGGAUAGACAACGGACGCAUAACACAUGUAUUGAGAUUCCCCUGAGCCAUCAACACAGUGGAGGAAUAGUUAUGGUGCUACACACUGCAUGUCUGUCAGAUCUGGAAAAUAAUGCAAGUGACUGUUUUCCUGUCGAUGAGUUCACAAUGAGGUAUUAUCUCCCUGCGAUGUACACCAUCAUCUGUGUAGUUGGACUCACAGGUAACCUCACCGCACUCUUCAUAUACCUGACAAAACUCCGACCCUGGAAAAGCAGCAGUAUUAUCAUGGUAAACCUGGCAGUGGCUGAUCUUCUCUAUGCACUGAGUUUACCUGUGCUAGUCCAGUUUUACAUUACCAAAAACUGGACCCUGGGGGAGUUCAUGUGCCGUUUAAUUCGCUUCUGCUUCCAUUACAAUCUCUACGGUAGCAUCCUUUUCCUCACCUGCCUCAGCAUCUUCCGUUAUGUUGUGGUGGUGCAUCCACUGAAAGCCGCUCAGAUCGGCAGAAAAAGAUGGGGCGUCUUGGCCUGCCUGGUCGUUUGGACCGUUUCCUUGCUGGAGAUCGGCCCAAUGCUGGGAAUGAUAACAGUGACAUGGAAGGACAAUAUGACACAGUGUGUUGACUUUGCCAGUAAUGAUCCACAGGUGGUGUGGUGGUACAGUUGGAUACUCACCACCUUCGGAUACGCGAUGCCGUUGGUGGCAGUGUGCUGGAGUUACGUCCGCAUUGCGGGCACUCUGGGUAACAGCAUAUCCAGACAUAACCAGAGUCGUUCCCGAGCUCGCAUGCUCGCCAUUCUGAUUUUGGUUGUGUUCGUGGUAUGUUUCUUGCCUUAUCACAUCAUGCGCGUGCUAAGAGUUGAUAGCCUGCGCCGAAGUGACGUGUCAUGCACAUUCAGGAGAGGAAUCAAUAUGGCCUACAUUCUGUCCAGACCGCUGACGGGUGUCAACACCUUCUUCAAUUUAGCACUUUAUACAUUGGCGGGAGACAAGUUUCAGCAGGCUCUCUGGAGUUUGGUGCGCAGGCGACACAGAAACAGCAACAUAGCUGUGAUCCAUACACCAAACACCCUGUCAAACCUCCGGAGGAUCUGAAUAUGUCAUUUGCCCGCUUCCUAACAUGAAAACGAAGUGUUUGGACGGUGUUCUUGUAGCUCGGUGGUAGAGCUUAAUCCCAGGGAAAAUAUAUAUGUAUAUAUGUAAAUGUUUAUGUGGCAUUUCAUGCUAUAAUGGCCUUUAUUUUAUUAUUAAGGUAUUUUAUAUUUUACUUUUGUUAUGUCCAACAUAUA